CCUUGAAUCCUCAGCUGCCUCAGAUGCUUUUUACGACCGCUUGACAGUUGGCUGAGCACCAUUUUGGAAAGGAUUACAGGAUGUGGGCUCCCUGAUGAACUGAUGCAUUGUAAUCGGGCUUGGCUUAGCUUGAUUUCACAAUGCCAAGGCAACGGAGGGGGAUACUGCUGACUCAGGGCAAGAAAGCCCAGAGGCAAGCUGCUGGCGGAGUGACUGGGAAUGAGGCAGGCCCACAAUGAACAACUGAAAUGACUCGAGAUGCUCAGAGCCCAGCACCUAAGAUACAGCCCAGUUAUCUGAAGAAAAGAAAGUCUCCAGUCUUCUCAGCAGCACCUGAGUAGACCUCACGGUAGAAAGCCCUGGAGCGCUUACUGAAAGCAGCUGCCGACCUCCCUGGGUGAUGCUGAAGCUUACCCCAAGACCAUCUCAGGUGGGCCCAUCCUGAAACUGCACCAGUGCCGCAUACGCUGAACUGAGAUGCCAGCUCUCUGGGUGUAAGCCAGACCAUCAGCACCAUCACAUCUUCCUGAGCCAGGCCUCACCAGGUGAGUCAGGGCACCCUAAAAUGACAGCCUCCAGGACCAACAUGCUCAGCACGUUCUGUCUUCACUCCAGUUGCUUGGUCAGGCUGCUUUCAGAAUGAACCAAGAUUCCCUGUCUCUUGCCUUGAAUUUGGAUGCUGAUACUUGUGGACUUGUGGGGACCAGUGAUUUUCACAACAGCCAUGAAGAAAGCUGGCAGUAUCACCCACUAUCACUUUUAUAAGCGAUAAAGCAAUGAAUCAUUCUACUCUCGAAAGCCUGCUUUUCUCAAAAGUAUCCACUGAGUGUCUUCUCUGGGGUAUCAUCACCUGGUUGCACCAGGGACUCUGGCUGCUUUGCGGUUUCUCGUGAUUUCCUGUAUGCAUGGUCUAGGAGCACUUGACUGCUGUCACCGAUCUGUUAAAACUGGAUUUCAGUCCAGAAUGGGGCUCCGACUUUUUCACUGUAAAUGAGGGCGAGAGAACUAGAUGGCUCCCUAGGGGUUUCUGAGUGUGUGCUGCAUUCUGUGCUGUGCAGCAGAGGCAGAAACUCUAAUCCCUCAACAUAGCUCCUGUGGGCUUUGCACACCGAAUGCUUAAAGGAGGCUGACUACUUGGCCUUGUGAAAGGAAAGUGCUGGAACGACCCUUGUCUUCACUGUGCCUGAUCAUAAGCACGCUGCUUCACGUAGCUCUGGGAGGAAAGGUGGAGAGAAAGAGAAAAGGAUCCGUGGACCUGCCCUGUCUGGCCAAGGCUGCCCAGGGGACCAUAUCUCAGUUUCAUCUUCAUGAAUUAUUCAGUGACUGACAGCUAUCGGAGGCAGACGCUGUCCGUCCUGAGCCCAGAGCCCCACAUGCCUGGUCAUAGAGCAUCCUCAGGACUGUCAGGGUGAGAUUGCCUGUGCAAAAGCAGAGCUGGACCCACCGGGAUGCCCAGAGUAUAGAGGCUUAAAUUUGUACAGAGGAGUUUGGGUGUAAAAUUGAGGAGAGGGGAGAGCUGUGAGGGGAGCUAAUGACUCUACAAGAUAUCUGGACUUGUUGGGGAAGAGGAGCCCUGGGAAAUCACAGGGACCAAUAGCUCUUGGGUGUUAACUUUUCCUGCCACCCCCACCCGACCCCAUAGGUAGGUCCUGCUCUAGGGCGACACCUGCCCCUUGUCCCCCUGGAACCUUCCUCUCUGGAAUGGGUCCCCACACUACCCCUGUCUGCCACCUCUGCCCUUCGGAGUUCUUCAACCCCUGGCAUGGCCAGAAUGCUUGUUUCCCAUGCGGCUCUGAGGCCACCCAGCCAAAGGAGGGCAAGGACACCUGUGUCUGCCAAAAGCCUGGACGAGUUUUCCAGCCCAGUGAUGGUCAGUGCCCUUGCCUCCCCGGCCAUGAAGACAUUGGUGAACCAGUGGGCUGUGUCCAGAGGGAACAUGAGAUCUGCAGGAAUGGAGCCACUUGGAACCAGGAGGGGAUAUGUCUGACCAAAGAGCAAUGGGACGACCACUGUGCCCAGGAGGUUUGUCCCACACCGGGAGAGGCUCAUGGCUAUGACCCACACCUGGGGCUCUGCUUGUGCUGGGGACAACAACCGAGUGGAAUGUGUGGAACCCUCUGCUCAGGAGAGCAGAGACACAUCCUGCAGCUCAGCUGUGCUCAGGGCAUCCCACGAAUCGCCAUCCCUGAAGGCACUGGAAGUCAGGAAUUUUACCUCUUGGACAAGCCUUCCUCACCACGUGCCGUGGGUCAUCCCUGCAACUUGGACCAAGGGACAAAGUCUGUGCCUCUGUAUGUGAUCAAGGUGAAUGAGCAUGGCUUCCAGGGUCUGAUCAGACCAGGCCCUGAGCUUCUGCACCUACUGGGCCUGCCUCUCGUGGAUCUGAAGCAUUCAGACCAGGGGCCAGGGAACUUAACAGAUGAACAUCAGAUCUACCCUUGGUCACCGGGUCUCAAUUCCACAUACUCGGGAGACGUGUUGGGUAUCCAGAACCCUAUAGUGUGCCUCCAAACCAAUGAUACACUGGCUUUCCUGGUGUCUCGUGAGCAUUACCCAGUAUAUGACCUGGGCCACUUCUACAACACAUUGCAGCAGUUUGACUGGGGGCGCUUCCGGGCCCUGGCUGAGGAGUCCCAGCUCUCUGAGCAAAGCCUCUUCCUGCAGCAAUUCCAGCUGCCUGGAGUCUACGUCUUCUAUCUGAGUAGCAACCGGCACCGGAAGAUGUACCUUCGUACUCUACCACCUGGGGGCCGGUGCUUUGCGGAUGGGCCCUUUGCCUUGACGACACCCAGGAAUCUUAUCCAGACUGGCAUUGCCAAGAUCCCCAAGCCAGUGAAGAAGGCUCACUGGCCAGGACUCCUGGGGGGGAUGCUGCUGCUUCUAGGGCUCUGCCUGCUUCUGUUGAUCCAGUGUAGGAGCCUCGGCUGGGCUCAGAAGGCUGCGCCACACCCCAUCUUCAGGACUCACCAGCAAAGAUAUAACCUUGACGUCUACAUCUCCCCAACAACUGGGAUGACCUCAGUGAGGAGAGGCCAAUCUCCCCGAGACUGUGAGGUCCUCAGAGUUGAAGGGAGUCGUGGUGGGACCUGGGAGGACCAGGUAGACCUCGAAUGGUUUGACACAGAGGCCUUCUUUGAGAUCCUACAUCGGCAGUCUCUGACAGUGACGGCCAAUCUCAGCCAAACCAACAAGGAGCUCAAAGUCCUCCACCUCAAACUUCUUAAGGAAGCCAGUUCCCUCCGGCAGCUGUGGGGUACUCAGCGUUGCACCUCCACUAACCAAAUUCUAACCCAGAGAAAACAACAAGAGGCUGCUGAGGCAGUGACCAGGGCUGCAGAGGAAGAGUCUCGGCAGAGGAGAAGCCUGGCGGGAGAGUAUGCAGCAAGCCUGGCUCACCAACUGGAGAUCCUUCACCAAGACCUCCGCACCAGGCAGGACCAGUGGGCCUCUUUCUGCUCGGCACUGAUGGAAGCUCAAUGGCUGCUGAAAGCAUCUGCAAGCGCUAACCCAGAGAGGUCCCCCCAGCCUGGGCAAAGUCCUGGAGAGGUGACUUCUCAGCUGGACACUCUGCUGGGCCACUUGUCCCAGGCCAUGCUGCAAGAAGGCCACCGCUUGAAAGCUUGGGGUUUCCUGGACACUGGCACAGGGGCGGAGCUGCUACAGGCGGCCUCGGCAGGUCCUCAAAAAGGUGCUGAGGACAUCAUUGUGAAUCCUGUCACCAAGUUGAUGGUCCCUGGACCCAGCUGUAUGAUGAUACUCCCAACAAGUGGCCACAUAGCACCCAUACCCCCCAGCUACUUCGUCCACCCUGACACUGGGCACGUGCUGCCUGAGGCUGGACACCUAGGAUAUGAUCUGCUGAGCUCAGCGCUGAUACCCAUUACUGACACUAAUGCUGGUGACGUCCGAACAUCAGAGGUCACCGUUCUCCCCUACAUGCCCUAUCCAACGAGUCCUGUCACAGGUUGCCCUCCAGACACUCACCUGCCCAUCUUACAGCCAAGAAGAACAUCACAGCUGGGGGCUCUCAUGUCUGACCCCAUCACAGGCAUGGAGGUGCCUGUGCUUGCUGUGACUCUGCACCCCCAAACCAGGCAGUGGCUCACUCUCGGAGGGACAUACUGCAAUCCUCUCACCAAGACGAUGGCCCCUUUGGAGUUGGGGGGCCCCAUGAAGGACCCAGUCACAGGAGGCAUCGUGCCAAUCCUAGGCGUUGGGCUGGAUGAACACACAGGUCAGGUGUUUGCAGUAGGAGGGCUUCGAGAUGCCACAGGGAGCCUCUUGAUGCCUGGUGACAGCUUUGUGGAGCCGCUGAGUGGGAAGACAGUGCGGCUCCUGGGAGCUUCUCAACAGGCAGGCCAGAUAGCAGCCCAUGCAGGGGGGUCCCAGGCCCUGCUGGAUGCCAAUGUCUUGGUGGCCCAGAGGCAAGUGAUCAGGAUGCUCCAGCAGUGUCGGGAGACUUCGGGAUCCAGGGCACAAGAACCGCUGGAGUCUGCCAUAAAGGGCAUGAAGCAAGCAUUAGCCUUGAGUCUGCACCACAUCCUCCACCAGGCUCGGAGGCUGGAGAGACAGUUGGCGGCAGCGCGUGACAUUGAAGCCAGCGGUGGCCAGAUAGGAAUGAUGUGCUACCCUGGGACAGAGCUCUGGGUGCCAGCUCUGUAUGGAAUGGAAAUCCCAGACCCUGAAGGCUCUGGGCUCAUGGUGCCCAUCUUGGGCAUGCAUCGAGAUGGGGAUUCUGGUGCUACCACACCCCUGGCCGGCACAAUGGAGGAAGCUGCUGGUAAAGGUCUUGUCCCAAUCUCCAUUGGGGCUCAAGCCAUAGAUCCCAUAACUGGGGAGCAUGGCCCUGUCAUUGGUGUUCAAAUGGACCCCUCUGCUAGAGUGGUGGUGCCUGUGGUGCAGGUGCUGGAAGCCUUGCCGCGUGGAGCGGGAGACCCGGAGCUGCAGAACCUCUUGGAGCGGGAGCUGAGGGCCCGUCAGCAAUACUGGCAGCUCCAGGAGCAGGAGGAACAGCGCCUGGCACAACACUUGUGGCACCUGAGCCAGGAGCUCCGCUUCCACCUAGGCCACGAAGUCAGGCUGGAGCUGAGGGCUGCUGAGGAUGCUUGUGCGGCCUUAGAGGCCUGCUGCCUGCAGGAGACAGAACGGCGAGCUAGAGUCCUGAGCAUUCUCAGCAUCACAGAAUGGUGCUUGCUUUCUCAAGCAGACAGAAAAGAGUGGGAAGAGGAGUCGCAAGUGGUCCUGGCUAUGCGGAAGGUCCUACACAGUUUAGUGCAGGCCUCAGAAAAACUCAGGAAAGUGUCCCUCAGGCUUCAAGGCCAAGAGGAGGAGGUGUGCUUACAGCAGAGUCAGAAUCAUAGCCCACAAGUCUGCAAUCAUCAGAGGAUGGUAGUGCAGCACCUCUCUGAUGGGUUUCAGGAGGUGGUGAGGGACAGACAGAACUUCCUGGCCAGGGCUCUUGGUCAACUUCAGUAUCACCGGGAGCUCAGCCGUCUCCAGCUCUUGCAUAUCCAGCUUAAGGCCUCGGGAACUCCUGUGUGUUUGGAGAAUUACCCCGGAGAGAGAUUCUAUGGAACAGUCACCACAUCUCUCGGGAACCAGGCUGCUGUCUGUCCUCUGUUGGUCCCUUUCCUGAGAGGCAUCACUGCAAUGCUCGUAGAGGAUCAAGGCUGUCAUCUAGAGCUGGAAGAUCAGAGGCCAGGAGGAGACUCAGACAAAGUCGACAAUAUCUGGACUCCACCAUUACUCUCCAUCAUGAAGAAAAUAGAUACCUGGCCCCAAGACUCCAGGGAAAUAGCUGAACUACAAGGACGAAUACACCUCAGACCAGGACAAAAAAACCCUUUGAAAAAUCUCCUGAAGACUGAGACAACACAGGAAGAGCUGGAAACUGUGCAUGCCACGAAGCUUUCUGCCUGGGAAUUUUUGGUUUACCAGUAUGGCUGCUCUGUCCUGCACCUCCUGGUUCCCCAGCUUCAGGCUCCAGAAACCACCUUACAGAUUGCUUCUUGUCUGCCUGUCGUGGAGGCCUCUGGAAAUGCCUUCCAAGGUUCCUUCUUCUAUCAGAGCACUGAAAACACCCUGUUUGUUGAGAGAGAGUGCUUGGCCUCUGUGGGAAGUUUUGUUCUGCUGUUGAUCCACUGCCUGGCCCACAUCGCUACUGGGGACUUUAACCAGGACUCCAACCCCAGAUUUCUGGAGUUGUUCUAUCAGGGGCUGAGAGUCUACUUCAAGGAGGCAUUUACUACUACAUUGCAAAUGUCAGCAGUUCCCUGGGACAAUAAGUUUGAUCAAAACCUAAUUGCUCUCCUGUUAAAAGAGCAGCCCAUUUCUGAGAGAGAAAGAGACCUCCUCUCUAAGCUCAUUGAGAGGAAGCCUGAGCCUUGCUUGGCAAGAGAGUCAUCAGAAGAGUAUAUUAAGAAGAACAAAGAUCUUCUCCUCUUCAACAAUAUGGAACAUUUCCUUAAAAGCAUUCUUUCUGCAAAGCAAUGAUAACAUGAAGAGCUGGACUCAGCGGCAAAGAAAAGUGCUUCUCAUAUGCAUGCGUGUGACUAUCAACUGGGACAUGAGCAACUUACCAGUGGCUACAUCCCCCACGGAAGAGUGACCCUCCUUCAGCAUCCAUCAACGGCAAAUGUCUCCUCCAGCAGGAGUGGGACCCCAAGGAAUUGACUUUCCCCCCUUAGUAAAUACUAACUAGAAUUCCAAAGAGACAAGCCAUGCUCUGCUGCAAAUAGCAGGAGACUCCUGCGUCUCUCCCAUCAACAUCUGUGUCUCUCCCAUCAAUAUUUGGCAUUUUACAUCUUUUGUAAUUCAUCCAUGCUUCUGGGUGUGUGGCAUAUGGGAGAGAUAUUGAACUUUCAUUUUAUAAUAACCACCAUCAAGACUCAGUGUUUCAAGUGUGAAUAUUCAAGUGUUUGAAUAUCUUGCCUAUUUCCCACUGAGCUCCCUAUUUUCUGACUUCUAGAAAUUAAUUUUCAUAAUUUUAUGAACCUUUUAAAGAUAAAAGUAACUUCUUCUGUUUUAUUUUUAGACCUAGAAAGUGGAAAAAUAUUCAAUACAACAUCUGAGAAAUGUAAAUGGUUUGAAAAUAUCUGUUCAUGCAUAAGUCAUACACAUGUAUAGCAUAGUGUCUGUCACAGAAGAAACAAACUUGAUGUUUUUAUGACUGAAAGAAUUAUACCUAGUGUGCUACUUGUUAAGAUAUGACUGACCACUUCCUGAAAUAGGAAAAUCUCUUACCACUGAGUAACAUGAAGUAGAUGAUGUAUAGGGACAUUUCUGAGAACAUGUCAAUUAGACAAUGUAGACCAUGUGUCGACGUACUUAAGAUAUAGAUUAUAUGUCAAUGUAUUUAAGAUGGAGACCAUGUGACAGAAUUCUCUGUAGGGCUUGGCUGAAGCACCCCAAGCAGUAAGAUACCAUCCGAAGCUAAGUUUCCAGGGUGAGUUAAAGGUCAGGACAGGGACCACCAGUACUUGCAAUGAUUGCAAGAAAACUUAGAAAUACAAACUCCAAACUUAAAACCUGAGGAAGUUACAGAUCCACUGGCUGCAAUUCAAGCCUUUCCCCAUUCGGAUAAUUCUCUUUAUUGCACUGCAAGAUGAAUAGCAGAGAUUUUUUUUAAUGUAGUAACAGUUAAGGAGUAUCCUCAGCAAUGGAAAGAAGGCAGACUAGGAAGAGAUUAAAACUUUAUGCAAUAGGACUGGAGCUGGAGGUCAGUGGCAGGGCAUCCACAGGGUCCUGAGUUCAAUUUCCAGUGCGUGCCCCACACCAAAAAAACAAAUAAUAAACCUCUACACAUUUUAUUUGGGUAACUAGUGAAUAUUAAGUAAUCAGUAAGUUCAUUGGUUUUGUUCGUUUUGUUUUUCCAGUACUGAGUCUAGGGACCUUAAACACAGGAGGCACGUACUCAACAAUUGAGCUAUAUCCCCAGCCUCACAUCAGGCAUUACUCAUUCAAAAUUUCAUCCUGCAGAUCUUUUGCCACAAUUAAGGGCUGUCUAUGUGUAGCUCUACAUUUAGCCCCGAGUUCAACAAAUCGAAAUAUUAGUGGAAAUUACUGCAGAGAAAGUUGAAAGUGCUGGAAGCCUAGCGUGGUGGCACAUACUUGUAAUCUCAGCACUGAGGCCAAGGUAGAAAAGUCAUGAGCUCCAGGCCAGUCUGGUCUACAUGGUCAAACUCCGUUUCAAGAUCCAACUUGAGAUACUUGAGACCUCAUACGAUUUAUAAUUAAGGUUUAACAAGAGUUUUAAAAUCAAGCCAUAAAGAACACCGACUCAGAAGCAUCUCUGGCUCCUUCCACCGGUGUUGCCAUUGGGUCGGAGAUCAAGCUGUCCUCUGAACUUAGUUCUAUUUAAAUAGGUUAGUCAUCGUGCAAAGUAAGGACUGAUGUGUGUGGUGGUUUGGAUGACAAUGGCCCUGCAUGCUCAUAUAUUUAAAUGCUUGGCCCCAAGUUGGCGGAACUGUUUGGGAAGGAUUAGAAGGUGUGCUGGCUAGUUUAAUGACACACAACCAUUUAGUUGGUAGAGUUAUUUGAAAGGAGGAACCAAUUGAGAAAAUGCCUCCAUAAGAUCUAGCCGAAGGGCUUGUUCUUAAUUAGCAAUUGAUGGGGGAGAGCCCUGCCCAUUGUGAGUGGCACCAUCUCCCAGCUGGUGGACCUGGAUUCUCUAAGAAAGCUGGCUAAGCAAAGCCAGUAAACAGCACUCCUCCUUCUGCUUCAGCUCCUGUCUCCAGGUUCCUGAGCUGUCUGAGUUCCUGUCCUGACUUCUUUCAAUGAUGUAUAUUGAAGUGUAAGCCAAAUAAACCCUUUCUUCCCCAGCUUGCUUCGGAUAUGGCAUUUCAACACAGCAAUAGUAACCUUGACUAAGACAGGAGGACAUCUUGUUGGAGAUGUGUCACUGGGAACAGGCAUUAAGGUUUCAUAAGUCUACACCAUUCCCAGCUAGUUCUUUCUAACUCAUACUUGUGAAUCUGCAUGUGAGCUCCCAGCUAUUGCUCCAGCAUUAUGCCUGCCUGCCUGCCUACUGCCCCAUGCUCCCCUACCAUGGUGGUCAUGGACUAAUUCUCUGAAACUGUAAACCUACAAUAAACUCUUCUACAAGUUUG